CACUUGGUUCGAAGCAACCCUGCAUAUUGAUGGCGGAUUGACGCUCUUUUGCUGACAAAAUAAAUUUUCUUAAAUCGCGAAAAGGUGCAUGAACGGAGGAAAAGUGAAUUCGAAUAGCAGUGGACGCAUAAGCCGUGGGUCCGACGGCGUUACCAUCGUUUUAUUUCAGAUAUUUGCAGUGCCCCAACCGUUUUUCCGCCAGCCAUGAGACGGCGCAGCGAUCGAAAAAAGUCGUCGUCGCCCGCUCCGGUGCCGGUGGCACGCCGAAGUCGCCGCUCCCGCAAGGUGUCCGAAAACGAGAAGGUCGAGGAAGAAGCACCAGCCAACCAGAAGGAUAAUGCGAACUCCGGGGAUGUCCCAGAAGUGCCGCAGGCCCCAGUCGAAGUCACCGAGCAACGAGCCUCCAGCGAGGAACGUGCCGGAUCCGGAUCAUCGCCAGUGCGCAAGAGUCGCGGCGUCCGGGCGACGCCAAAAAAGCGUGCUGAGGCCAAGGGCGGCGACAAGAAAGUGGACACUAUCCCCGAGGAGGAGCCCGAGAACGGCCAGGUUGCAGACAAGAACAGCGUGGAGGAGGAAAGGGCUGUAGAGCCGCCAUCGGUUCAGGAGAGCGUGCCGGAAGAGCUUGCCAAAGAGGAUCAAAUUGAGAAAACCCAGCCAGAUCCGAAGGACGAGAAUGCUGAGAAGGAGGACGAAAAACCACAGCAGGAUGUCCAUGAUGACAGCAGCGGCAAGCAGAGCGAGCCAGUUCAAGAGGUAAAGGUUCCUUCUCCUUCCAGCAAGGAUGAGGAACAUCUAAAAACGUCUAGCGAUGUAUUAGACAUUCAGACAGAAGAGGUCGAGGAAAGGGACGAAGAAGGCUCUGCUCCUGCGGAACGCAAGGAGUCCAAGAAGAAACACAAGGAGCAGAAACAGGAAUUGCAGGCCGCGGAGGAAGAGGAGCAAAAGGAGAACCGCAAACAGCAACAGGAAAAGCCAGAAAAAACUCAGGACGAACCAGCUGAUCUUCCGAACGACAAGCACGAGACAUCCGUAAACAGCAGCGCAAACAACACAGCCAGCGCUCCAGUGCUUCAGCAGCAGCGAUCGGUGCGGAAGCGCAGGUGGCUUACUAAUAAAAAGUCCUCGGAUCGCGCGCCACCAGUGUUGGCCAUUUCAACGGAUUCCCUAAAAAACAUAAUUGCCGAUGUGGUGCAACCGGUUCCCCUCAGCGAUGUGCAACUGGAAUCCUCGUCGGAGGAGGAGGGUCUGGUCACCAGCGAUCGCGACUCCGAGCGAUCGGGUUCGCCGGUGCCCGCCUCCGAGCCGCGAAAGGAUCGCGACACCGAGGCCACUACCAUCACCACCUGCGAGACCGGCGCAGAGGCGACUGCAAACAAGGAGAGUGCAGGAACUGCAGGAGCCACUGGUCGAACAUCUCCGCCACCUUCCACAGACACGGUGCCGGCUCAGGGAGGCUUGAGCAAAGCCACAGCCGCCACGGCCGCACCCCAUAUAGUCCGAUCCCCUAGUCCUGCGCGCAAUCGCGCCAGCCAUGUGCUAUACAUCACCAAUCUGGUGCGCCCCUUCACAGUCCUGCAGCUGAAAGGACUUCUGGCGAGGACGGGAAAGAUCGUGGAGGAAGACGGUUUCUGGAUUGAUCGCAUCAAGUCUAAGUGCUUCGUUGCCUACUCCACUGAAGACGAGGCCAUUGAAACCCGCCAUGCCCUGCACGGAGUUCGCUGGCCAGUCUCAAAUCCCAAAUGUUUAAAUGUCGACUUCGGUAGUCGCACAGACAUGGAUCGCGCGAUACAAUCAACGAAGGACGAGGCUCCCAGAUAUGGCCAGGAAAACACCAGAGACAACCAGCAGGCGGGCAACGCUUGGUCGCGAUUGGAACCAUCAGACAAGAAGCCUGUGCGCCCUGUACGUGAAUGGGAUGUGGGUAAAAAGGAGCCUAGCGACCACGACAAGCCCAGCAACGACCGACGACGUGGGAGCAAGGAUCGACUGGACUCGAGAUCUCGGGACGCGGAUCGAGCUGGACAGGAUCGCAAACGCUCCAGGGACAGAGAGGGGCGAGGACGCGAGCGGGAGCGAGAUCGCAAUGCACACGCAAGAAGCCGCAGUGGAUCGCCAGUGGCCAAAACUAAACGGAAGGAGAAUGAGCCGCCUAUCAGGCUAUUGGAUGAUCUUUUUCGUAAGACUAAGGCAACGCCGUGUAUUUACUGGUUGCCACUGACGCCGGAAGCGAUCGCAGAAAAGGAGGCAUUUCGUCAGAAACGCAUCGAGGAGCAUAAGCAGCGCGUCAAGGAGCGGGAGGAGCGUCAAAAAGAGCGUGAGAAGGAUCGAGACCGCCAGCGCGAAACGCGCCGCAAUCGUUCCAAUGAACGGCGACGAUCGCGCAGUCGCGAGCGGGAGCGACGACGUUACUAGGCGGAGGCUUGAAAUUGAGCAAAUAAACGUUGAAAAUAUCUCAAUUACUGGCAUCAACACCCAAAAAGAAAAUCCGAAAAUGAUAAAACAGCAACUAAAACUUCUGCAGGGUCUCAACAACCACCCGAAUUUUUUCUAUUUCUUCGAGCGUUUUGCGUUCCCAAAAAUAUAAAGACGUUGUAAUAUUCAACUUGAAGUGAUUGUACUUCGAUUUGAAUAUUCCCACCAUCGUCUUAUCUAUAUUCUUAAUUUGAGAUUUAAAUUCUCUUUUCUCAGUUAUUUUUCUCAUUGUUGUUGUUCCAUAUAUAGCGCAUAUAUAUUUCCAUAUAUAUAUAUAUAUAACCUGAUUUGAUUUCUUUCCUCAAAUGUAGCAUUUUACAGCGCCUAACGUCACCUCACCCCAAAAAACAACCACAGCAACGCCGGCAUCCAGCAUCAACGCAAUGGAAACUUAGCGUCGGAAUCUAGAAACUCUUGCAGCAAGUUACCAUGCUUACAUCUAUAUACAUAUUAAACAAACAGAAAAUAAUUGAUUGAUUAAUUGUAAAAUCAAUUUUUCUUAAAAUUUUAAUGAAACUAGAAAUACAAUUUAACAACAGUCGGCAAGCUUGUGACUAUGCCAAAACCAUAAAAGUGUUUUAAAUGUCUGAGAAAUAAACUAUAAUUCUGAUCGACUCA